UUCUUCCCAUUAAAAAUAUGUUGCUAAAUAUAAAGUGUAGGCCAACCACAAAUUUUCUUUUAAUUUUAGCAAAAUAAAUAAUUUUUCAUUUUAUUCCACACAAUAUUUAACAAAAACAAUCUGAAAUGUAAAAUUUUGCCGUGUUUGGCAAGGAUGGGCGGCUUGAAUUCUUUACCAUCGGUUUUUUUUCAUAAACAAAUUUAAUUUAUAUCUAAUCUAUUAUACUGAUAUAACAACGAGGAUCAGUUAUGAAAAUCGCAUUAAUCUUAAACCUUAAAUUGAUUUCACACAAAUCAAUAGGAAUUAAAGUGAUUUUUGUUGGAGCGGCCUACAAUUAUUUCAAUGCACUGCCUGAAUUACGCAUGAAUUACUGAAUUACGCAUGAAUUCUGGUUGUUAUACGGAAAAUAAGAGUCGUAUGCAAGGAAUUUUGUUUCCAGUCGAGAAUUGUAAUCAAACUGUGAAUUUAAAAACAUCUAGAAAUAAUCUAUUACUCCUCUAAUACAUACUUUAAUCUUUAUUUCUUGAGCAAGAAAUCUUAAUUUUCGAGCGGGAUAUAGUGAUGUCUAAGACCUGAAUGUAAACGCUAACCGGUUCCUAUUAAAGACCGCCUUCUGGAUACUUUUCUAGGAAUAAAUGAAAUUUUUAUUCAAAAUAUGAACAGGAAUAUACUUUACAAAAGACAAAGUAAUAACAGCAAAAAGAAAAGAAAGAAAAAAUCAUCAAUGCAGCACGAAGUGCUUCUAUUGGUCGCACACCACAAGGUCCAACGGAACCUACUGAGGCAAGCCAGUACGCUCACGGGCGAUGGCAUUGGAAAAGCCAAGCACCCUCACGAGCAUCAUCUGACACCUCGGUAAGGCGAGCUGCCAACGAUGACAAGUACUUCACUGUUAGCGGCCCUGUCCCUCCAAACGUCUCAAACGCCACAGGUUGGAAGAAAUAGUUCACUGCUAAGUCCCGAUACUAGUUCUUCACUGGAAUGUUACUGGAAUAAAGGAAAGGCAAAUGUGUCCCCAAACAGGGUUUGAAGUUAGACAGCGGAAUAAGGAAAUUAAUUUGAAAUUGAGUAACUGUAAAUGCUUCAGUUAUGUUUCUAAUUUUCUUCAUCGAAAAUAUACCCUUUCUCAUAGGAAGAGGAAGAGGACAGGAAACAAUAUAGCUCUGAUAUCCUCUUCGUAUCGUUAUCGUUUAUAUUUUAAAAUGUAAGUAAGCAUAUUAAAAUUGAAAAAGACAAAAAUGCUUGGGAUAAUUAUCUUGUAUGAAGAAAUGAAAAUAACCAAUUAAGACGUUGGUUCCAACAAUGACCAGAAGAAAACAAUGACCAAUUCUAUCUAACUUUAAAGACAUUAGCAAGAUUUACAACUAUCUACAAGAGACAACACCCAACUAAAGAACCUAUUAAAAACUGCAUGGAUUCAGCUGUGAUAGUGAAAUAUGUGAUUAAAGAAAAUCUGCUAGAGCUACUUUGAGAAAAGUGGCCAUGCUGGAACACCGCCUUUGGUCAAACGAAUCAACCCCAGGACUUAUUCUUUUUUUCUAAGUUACAAUCUGGUAUGUCACACUUUUUACUAUUCAUGAUAUUCAACUUGUGAAAAUUUGUAAAUUUCUCUACAAAGAAAAACUAUUAGUCUAAGAUAUUUUCAAUUUCAAUUAUUCCUGAUUUGUGAUAAUGUUCAAGCCACCAACUUAUAUGAUCUUAAGUCAAAAGACAUUUUAUAUUUGGUGUCAUUUCCUAAUUAGCACGCCGGGCGAAAUGCUUAGCGGUAUUUCAUCUGUCGUUACGUUCUGAGUUCAAAUUCUGCCGAGGUCGACUUUCAUCCUUUCGGGGUCGAUAAAUUAAGUACCAGUUACGCACUGGGGUCGAUGUAAUCUACUCAAUCCGUUCGUCUGUCCUUGUUUGUUCCCUCUAUGUUUAGCCCCUUGUGGGCAAUAAAGAAAUGAGUAUAAAUUGUAAUUGCUCUGAUAUUUUUAUUAAUUGGUUGUAUGCCAAUCUGGUUCUGUGUAUUUGAUAAGCUUUAAAUUCAAUGUGAAGAUUUUAAAAAACAUUUUAAAAAACAAAAAAAUUUUUUUAAUAUUUCCAAACUCUUUUCUUAUUUUCAGAGAAUUUUAAAGUUAUCAUCGUUUUAAAAAUAUAUCUUAUUUGCUCACCAUUUCUAAAGUUCAUAUUACCAGACAUGUUAGAAUUAUUCAAACUCAUAAAAAAAUGGUGUCCUCUGAGACAGGUUUGAAAAAAUAACAAAGUUCCACAACCAGUGUUAUGAUAUAAGACAGAGCCUGGUUUGAAUAAUUACAAAGACACCCAAGGACCAAGUGCAGCUGAUAAACCAGAUAAUGAAUUAGAUCUCUGUUUCAUGAUGUCUCUUAUACCACAAUCAACAAUAGAAAUUUUUAAAUGAAAUUUAUUUUGUUGAAGUCUUAUUGACUCUGAACUUCUUAAAAGUUUUAAAAUUUCCUCAUUUUCAACCAGAAUAAGUUCCAAAAAUAUUGUAAUUGAUUUUAGAAAUUUUAAUUCAGUUUCCAGAACUUUACAUUGAUAUAAAAACAGAACAUUCUAGCACUCUCAGUUUUCAAGCUUUUACAAUACUUUGAUAUUAUUUUCACAGUUAUUUUCUUCCUUUUAUCGUUUUACAAGUUAUAUUUUCUCAUUUUCAUGUUUGUAUUGAUAAACUUCAUUUUACCAUCUCUGUUGUAGAAUUCUUUGAAAUGUGGAAAUUUUCAAUUUUUCAUGACCCUGGACCUUUUUAUAAAAUUGAAAAUUUCUAUAAUUCUAAGAAAUACUUGAAUUUGUCCUAUAUUCUUAUAAUCUGUAAUGUCUGUGAUCUUGAGAUAUUGAGACUUAUCACAAUUUGUCAAUAUCACGCUGCACCACACACAAUUUCUUAUGAUGCCCACCCCUUAAGACAUGUCACAAAUAAUCACUGCACACCGUCCACUUUCUUUAACCCCCAUGGUCCUGGAUAUACCACAAUUACCCAUAAUCAUUCUAUUAAAAUUGUUGAUCUUGAAGAUUUUUGAAAUGUUGGAAUUUUCAAAUUUAAACAAUUCUUUCUUUUCAGCUGGUAUUUAUCAUACUUUGCUAAUGUUUGUCAUUUUUGAAAAAUGUUACAAUUUGUCUGAGUUAUUAAGUAUUUGAAAUGUUCCAUACUAAUUAGAAUUUAUUGUUAAGAGAUUCUCUUGUGUGUAGAUAUCAUUUGAGCAUUAUCAAUACUAAUCAAUAUUGACAUUUAUGUGAUUGGAAUUCUAAGAAAGAAUUGGUUUCAUGAGGGAAAUCUAGAGAAGAAACUGUGCAGCAAGUAUAGUUGGUUGUGUGGUUAACAAGUUGGCUUCACAACCACAUGGCUCUGGGUUCAAUCCCACUGCAUAACAUCCUAGGAUAGUGUCUUCCCUCUUAGACUCUAGUUGACCAAUAUCUUGUGAGUGGCGUCUGGGGGACAGAAAUUGUGUGGCAAUCCACACCUAGAUAGACAUUCCCAUAUCCAUCUUGCCAUCAAAAAUGCAGUAAACCAUUGGAAAGCUAUGAUCACUAAAUGGUGAACUUAAGAUCACCAAAUGGUGAUCUUAAGUUAAGAAUUUAUGAAAUGUGUAACAGUGGCUGUGUUUGUGGUGUUGGUGUCAUUGAGUCAUCAAGAAAUUGAGGAAUAAAUUAUUAAAAAAAAAAUGUUCCUGCUAUUUCCUAUCUACUUUGUGUGUGUGUGAGAUCUCUUUCAGUCACUAGACUGAGGAACUAACUAGGGAACUGCCAUAAAGAACUUUUUGGUCAAAUAAAUCGACCCCGGUACUUAUUUUUUUAAAGCCCAGUACUUAUUUUAUCAGUCUCUUUUUGCUGAACCGCUAAGUUAUAGGGACAUAAACAAACCAACAUAGGCUGUCAAGUGGUGGUGAGAGACAAACAGAUGCAAAGACACACACACACACAUACAUGUAUACAACUGGCUUCUUUCAGUUUCUGUUUACCAAAUCCAUUCACAAGGCUUUGAUCAUCUCAAGGUUAUACUAAAAGAAACUUUCCCAAGGUGCCACACAAUGGGACUGAACCCAGAACCAUGUGGUUGGGAAGCUAGCUUCUUACCACAUGGAACUGGGUCUGGAACCAGCCUUUGAUUUUUUUCUAUUCAAAACGGUUUCUCAACCCAAUAUUUACAUAUUAUUCAUAGCUUUAUGUGCUUCAAGACCUAGUUCCAAAGGAAGAAUUAUUUCACAUUUUCUCAAAAGUUUCUAAAUUCUUAUGAUGUCAAUAAUAUAUAUAUGUACAUGUAGAGACAACUCACAUAUAUCUGUAUAUAUGUAUCUGUGUAUGUCUCUCUUUCUUGUCUAUCUGUUACUAACAUACACACACCUCUGCAAUUUGUGAUUUUCUGGUUUAAGUUCACAAAUUAAAUGAGUCAUAAUGAAUAAAAUACAAUAUAUGCAUAGUCUUAUUUCAAAUAUAUUGAUAUAACAAUCUCUCUCUCUUUACAUGUAUAUAUAUAUAUAUAUAUAUAUACACACACACACACACUUUAAUUAAAGCUGAAUAAAUCUUCACAAACUGUUCAUUGGACAGAUGUGAUCAUACUUCAUCAAAAAAUUUUGUGAGUUAAGUUCCAUUUUCCAGAUGUUCCUUCUUCCUCGUAAGGAGUAAUAUACACAAUUGGAGCGAUAUGAUCACAAUUGUCUGAUAACAGUUUGUGAAGAAUUUUUCAGCUUUAAUUAAAGCAUAUUACUUUACCUUCAGUAUAUGAGUACUAUUUUUACACCUUGUUUUGCAUUCAUGUGCUUACUCAUGUACGUGUGUGUGUGUAUACAUCCACAUAUACACACAUACAUAUGUAGACACACAUAUACAUAAUAUCACAAGUUUUAUAAAUUUGUCGUUUAGGUCUGAUCACUUGGAAAACUGUUCUGGAUGUUCACUUCUUUGGUACUGCAGUCCAAGCUGUAAGGAAAUGGAUUUUGAUAUACAUAAAACUGAAUGUCUUUGUUAUCAGAACCAAGGUGAUCCAGUGUUGCCACCCUCAGAAAUCAGAAUGGUAUUGCGACUGGUUAUCCGAUGGCAAAACAAGGACUAUUGCAAAGAAUCUGUUGAAGACCCAAUGUGGAAAAGACAGUUCAUUGAAUUAAUGUCACAUUAUCAGGAAUUGAAACAAAGUGGUGUCAAAUUUAAUUUAACUUAUCUCCAUGAUGUGGUUGGAAAGUCUCUCAUGUUACCUUCUGAUGAAACUAUAUUUGAAAUGUAUGGAAAAAUGCUUAUUAACUGUUUUGCAAUUCCUGAUGAAGAUUAUACCCUCACUAUUGGAACUGGAAUUUAUCUGAGUUCCUCCAAAAUUGACCACAGUUGUGUUCCCAAUGCUGUUAUGACAUAUAAUGGUACUGAACAGUUUCUGAGAGCUCUAAGAUAUAUUCCUGAACCUGAACCAAACAAGAUUUUCAUUAGUUACAUCAACAAUGACAGACCAAGUUGGAUUCGUAAAGAUUUCUUGCGAAAGAACUAUUACUUUGACUGUUCUUGUGUUCAUUGUAAAGAAACUGAAUGUCUUGAUCGCAAACUGACCAGUGUCCAUUGUCCAAAUGUCCAGUGUUCUGGUUUCAUUGGAAUCAGCAUCAAUGAUGAAAAUGAAUUCUUCAUGUUACCAUGUUCUGUCUGUGGUUUAAGAGAUGUCAGCUCUGAAAUUUUAGAAGAAACCAAAACACUGUGGAGUUUUGGGAUUGCAAAGGUACAAGAACUUCGUGAACUUGAUAAAUGUAAAGAUUAUGAAAACCAGUUGCAGCUAGCAGAGGGUACACUUAACAUUCUCAAAGAGACCAGAAUUUACGAAACUAACUUGAUUUAUGUUGAAGUAAUGGAACUUGCUAAAGAAGCUUGUAUUGAAUUGAGACUUUGGUCAAAGGCAGCAUAUUAUGGUAACAAAGUUUGGCCGCAGAGAAUGUAAACUCACAUCUGACUGUUCAAAGAAGACUUCAAAAGUAACUAGUAGUGACCUCUCUUGAAAAUGGACAAAAUUUUAUCAAGUACCUGCAGAAAAGGGUUUAGCUCCCAAGGACAUUCAUACUGACAUGGUUGCUACAUUAGGGGAUGACACUCCUGCUUUAUCAACAAUUGCAAAAGUGGGCAGCUGAAGUUAAGAGGAGAGUCUUGAAGAUGAUCCUAGGUCUGGAUGUCCUGCAACUGCUUCCAUUGAGGAAAACAUUGAUCAAAUUCACAUGUUGAUGGAUAGCAGGCGAUUGACUAUAAAUCAAAUAGUCAAUGCUAUUAGCAUAUCGUGUGAAAGAAUUGAGAAUAUUCUGCACAAUGAACUUGACAAGAUGAAGGUUUCCUCUCAGUGGGUGCCACAUCUUCUAACACCUGAUCAAAAGUGCACCAGGCUGAUCACAUCACAGGAAAAUCUGACAUUGCAUUUGAUCCUUCCAGGAAUGAUAAAAAUAAAAUAAUGUACCAGUAAAAUAUUGGAGUUAAUAUCAUUAACUGUUCCUCCCCACCAUAUUUUGGGUUUGAUAAAAUAAGCACCAGUAGAGCACUGGUCACCAGUCACAAAUCUAUCCAAAAAGGGUGAAAUGAGUUCGCGAGAAUGGAGAAAAGAGCAGAUGUCAACUCAGGAUUUGCAGUUGCUUUUGGACAAUUCAUGAGGCACCCAUUUUCCAAGUUUAGGAACCUUUCCAAGUUGUUGAAGAUGACAAUGAACAGUUGUAUGGUUUGAACUAAGCUUUAUUGCCAAUUCUUCAACUGAUAAUGCAGGAUUUUCUUCA